GCAAUCACAUGAGCUUUGUUAUUGUAGUGCAGGAGCUGUAAUGUCCGCUCGGAGAGAACCUCGAAGAAGAGCAACUAAUAACGAGAAUGAAGAGCUUUCAUGGGACCAGAAUAGUGCUAGAGGUUGUGCUGGUAUUAGUGGUUCUCCCCUUGACUGCUGUUGUGACCAUGUGUGUGGGAAAGACCAGCAAGUCAGUACAACUGACUGCCACCUCCAUUUGCCCUGUUGCCCUUAUGCACCUAAACACAGAAACAGAGGAAACAGCACACACACAGCUAAUGAGCCGUGGGAUGAAGUAUCAUAUUGUAAGACCACUAUAAGUGCUGAAAAUGAGGUGGAGGCACAAAAACUUGCCAAUAAUUACAAGUUUGGAUUCAGAAAGUGGAAAAGCCAUGUGACUGAGCGACCCUUUGAGGACAGAUCAGAGAUUGUGAAGGAACUCUACUCAGAGCUCAACAUUAUUAAACGAAACACAGCCUCUUUAUUUACAUGCGGCAAUGUUUUGUAUAUAUUUCUGUUUGGUUGGUGGAUCUCUCUGGUGUACCUUCUCGUUGGUAUCAUGAUGUACAUCACCAUUAUUGGAGCCCCUCAUGGUAAAUUGUGCUUCAGACUGUCUCACUACUUUCUGUGGCCAUUUGGAAAAGCAAUACAGAAGGUGAGUGUUCCACUGUCAAAUGUCAGUGUGAAAGUCUGCAAUGAUUUACGAGAUGAAGGGGAUGAGGGGAAGGCAGCCUCGCCACUACUGACACCCAACACAUUGGUGGAGAACAUGGAGGAAUCAUCCAGGCCUCCAGAGCAGCGCUACUGGAAUUAUCUGAGUGUGUAUGCGUGGGUGCUGCUGGGAUAUCCUCCUCUGGUUGUGGCUCAUGGCGUGUUGUGUAUACUCUCCUGGCUCUUGGUCGUCACCAUCCCCGUGGCCAAAAUGAGUGCCCGAAUCCUGAGCAAUGUCUUGCUAAUGCCCCCUGAGCAAGUUGUCAUAAAUGAUGUUACUGGAGUGAGACAUGAAAAUGAAGGUGAAGGUCAAGCCAUUUUGUGCUGCUACCAUGCAGUGAAUAUCUACUACUACAAGUACACGGUUGAUGGGAUCAAUGUUUUUGCUGUCAAUCUCCUCCCUUUGGUCAUUGUCUCUCUGAUAACUGGCUAUGUGGACCGGGGCAACCGUUUUGUCAGUGCCGAGGUUAAGUUCACCACUGCAAUAGGUUCACUCAUCCCAUUGUCCUACUACAUUGGAAUGGGUAUAGCCAGUAUAUCAGCUCAGAGUAACUUUGCAGUUGGUGCAGUGGUCAAUGCCACAUUUGGCUCUAUCACCGAGCUUACCUUUUACAUCACAGCCUUGCUUAGGGGUCAUUCCCAGGGCAACAACUGCUUACAGGAGAUUGUGAAGGCAGCAUUGACUGGAACAUUGCUCGGAUGCAUUCUAUUCAUCCCGGGGAUCUGUAUGGUCAUUGGAGGGCUGAAACACAGUGAGCAGAGGUUUAAUAGCCGCUCAGCUGGAGUCAGCGCCUCUCUACUUUUCAUAUCUGUUGGAGGUGUAUUUGCCCCUACACUCUUCUCUAAAGCCUGUGGGAAUCUGGUGUGUGAAGACUGCACUAAUUCCUCUGGGACCAACAGCAGCAGUGGGACUUUCACCUGCAGGAACUGCCACUAUGACCUGAGUGAAAACAACUACAGCCUGUUUCAUAGCCAUAUUGAACCCCUGGUGUACACAGUGUCAGUUCUCCUGCCGGUGUCAUACAUCAUCGGCCUUCUGUUCACUCUGAAGACUCACUCGCACAUCUAUGACAUUCAUGUUGGUGAUGGAAGUGCAGUGGGUCAUCUAAGUGCAGUGGUUCACUGGUCUCGCUGGAGAGCUCUGAUCAUUCUGAUCGUCGCCACAAUGCUCAUGUCUGCCUGCGCUGACCUCAUCACAGAGUACAUCCAGCCCAUACUGAGCCACCCGAACAUCUCCCAGUACUUUAUAGGUGUGACAGUUCUAGCCAUGGUUCCUGAAAUACCAGAGAUAGUCAAUGGUAUACAGUUUGCUCUUCAAAAUAAUAUCAGCUUGAGUUUAGAGGUCGGGAGUUGCAUUGCGGUUCAGGUGUGCAUGAUUCAGAUCCCCAUAUUGAUCCUGUUCAACGCCUUUUAUGAUGUUGGCUUUGUGCUCAUCUUCAGUGACCUUCAUCUGUGGGCCAGCAUCUUCAGCGUCAUUCUCGUCAACUACAUUUUCAUGGAUGGAAAGUCCGAUUACUUUCAAGCUAUCUCUCUCUGUCUUUCUCUCUCUGUCUUUCUCAGGUACAGCGCUCGUGGUCGUGUAUCUCAUCCUGCUUGCGCUCUACUUUUUUGCUCCUUCGCCAGCAGGUUGUUAAUAAGAAGACUAGUCUGCUUUCAUAUGCACCUUUUUUGGACUAAAUCAACACUUAAAGUGCUUCUACAUUAAUACAUCAUAUGACACAUCUACAUUCUGAAUCGCUGCUUACUGAUGCACAAAAUGAAUUACAAUCAGAAAUUACACACAAGUCCAAUUAACCAUUUAUUUGCAUAAAUUAAGUUGUUAGCUACUGAAAACAACAGUGAGGUUGUUGGAUUUCUCAGUACAUUGCAGGGUUUUGGAUUCUUGUCAGCAUCUGUGUCAUUAAGUAGGCUUAGAUUUAUACGCAUCAGUGUGAGAUCUGCAUUUCAUAAACAGAAAUUGCAGUACAGCACCAGGGACUUUACUUGAUAAUGUAGAAAUCUGCUGCAUAGAGCACAUGGUAGAAAGUUUUGUAAAACUGGUUACUGGUUAGAAACCUCUUGUGUGUAACAGUGUUGGGAAACAGAUAUGUAUCUCCUAGUUUAAAAAGAAAAAUAUUUUUAAAAUAUUUUAUCAUGUUAUUUAUUUUAUUUUUUUAAGGGUGGUUUUUUUUUAUCAUCGUAGGCUAAUACUAUAAUUCAACUAGUAAUAAUGAUAAACCGAAUAAUGAUUUUUGUCUUUUGUGUAAUUCAGUAUAUUAAUAUCAACAAGGAUUUUGUGUUUCUUGGAGGUGAAUUAAUGUAUGAAAUUUGUCAGUUGGAAUUUUGCAAAUCAGGAUUAUGUAAGAGCUGUUAAAUUUUUUUUUCCAUAUCCUGUUCCUUCUCCCUCUGUCUCAUAAGAGGUCUGUCAUCAUAAUAGAUUUUGUAAGACCUCCUGCUGCUUGUGGAAAAUAUCCUUUACAUCACAUCAUACGUUUAUUAUUAUACCCUUGGACAAAUUACUGUGUACGAAUCAUGUACAGUACAUUUAUAGGAAAUUGCCAACAUACAGCUUGAUUAAUGUCUCCAGUCCAUUUUAAUUAAAUUUAGGAAAACGGUUUGUUAUGUGAAGAAGGUACAGUCAAGUCCAUAAAUAUUUGGACAUUGACAAAGUUAGUUAUUUUAGCUGUCUACCCCAAUGCAUUGGAAUUAAAUUUAAUAAUGAAUAUGACCUCAAAGUGCAGAGUUUCUGCUUUAAAUUUAACUUAUGUGUGGUCCCUCUGUUUUAAGGGACCCAAGGUCAGUUGGCUGCUCAGCUCUUCCAUGGCCAGAUGUGUGUUACUCCCUCACUAUUUUACUUGCAAAUAAAUGGUCUAGAGCUGAUUUGAAGUGUUGCAUUUACAUUUGGAAUCUGUUGCUGUAAACUCUCAAUUUGAAAUCCAAAGAGCGGUCACUGCCAGUCAAUCAAGGCAUCAGUGAAAAACCUGAUCAAACCCAUCAAAGAGCGAGCAAAAACAUGAGGUGUGGCCAAAUCAACUAGGUUAUACUGUACAGUCUUAUAAAGAAAGAACACACUGGUGAGCUAACACACCAAAAGGCCUGGAAGACCACAGAAACCAACCAUCGUGGAUGAUAGAAGAGUUGAUAAAGAAAAAAUCCUUCUCAACUGUUGGCCAGCUUCCAGGAGAUAGGUGUAUUUGUGCCAAAGUCAACAAUGAAAAGAAGCCUUCACCAGAGUAUGGCUUAUCACACUGUUAAACCUAAAAAACAGGAGGUAGAACCAGGUAGAACCGCUAAAACAAGAAUAACUUUGUCAAUGUCGAAAUAUUUACCACUGUGACUCUAUUAAAGGGGAUACAUUCUGUAGAUUUUACACAACACUGUCCAUCUGUGCUUUCGACUUGCCAUUUAUUUCACUUUCUUUAAUAUCGUGUUGAUUUUUUACAAUUACUAUUUUAUAUAUCCUAAGUACAUAAACAUAAAAUUAGACCAAAAACAAAUAAUGCCCCAUGAUGUUUACUUUUGAAAAGUUCUCCAGAUCUGAUCUAUGAUUUUGGACAAUGUACAUCAACAAGCUUUUUUAAAGUGUACAACAGGGUCCAAAAAUA